AAAAUAUAAAAAAAGAAUUUGAACAAGUUUGAUUGAUUGAUUAUCCGUGUUGGCAAAUUCUCCGAGAAGACAAAGGGAGAAGAAGCCUCAACACCUCAUCCUCACCGCAUGCUCUCUCAACUCUAACACACCCGAUCCCAUUCUCCUUCACCUUCUUCAUUCCCCCUUUCAAUUUCCUCAAUUCCAUCGCAAAAUCCCUAACCUCCACCAUGAACGAUUUCGAUAAUCUUCUAUCUUCUUCCGAUUUCGGUAUCAAACCUCAAGGUAAAUCCGCUCCAAUGUCUCAACCACCUAAAUCAUCAUCUUCAAAUUCAAAUUCAACUUCUCUCAACUUCGAUUUUGGAUCCCGAUCCGCUCGUACAUCCGAUUCCGUUUUCGGAUCCUCCACCCACCGUCACAACCGCGACUCCUCCAGUUUCGACGAUCUCUUCACCACCACCACCGGAUCCAACUCUAAAUCCAAUCCUCGCGAUGCACCCUUCGAUUUGGAUUCCAUGUUUCCUGGAUCCGCCGGAAAUUCUUCACCGCCACCGGUUUAUGAUAAACCGGUUUACGACGACGAUGUUUUUGACGGUGUGCCUGGGCUGAAGAGCACCGGGAAAGUUAAUUUUGAAAACGUUUUCGCAUCCCCGAAAUCGGAUAGUGGUGCAUUUGAUGAUCUUCUUGGUGGAUUUGGCAAGGAUUCGAAGGGUUCUGGUAGGAAAGGUUUGGAGAAAAAUGAUAGAAGUGGUUCUGAUUUUGAUGAUUUGUUAGCUGGAUUUGGAAAGAGUAAAUCAUCGUCUAGUGACAGGCGUGCUCCUGAUAUUGGUUUGUCCUCUGACCCAACUGUAAGUGCAUCUAAAACAACCUCCAUCGAAGCAGAAGACCCAUUCAAAGUAUUUUCAUCAACUUCAGCCCCAAUGGAUUCAUCCAGAAGCAACUUCACAGACCCUUUGGAAGAAAUUAGUAAAUUUAGUAGUUCUAGAAGCACUAAAAAUAAUAGUUCAUCAACUUCAAAUGGUAGAAUAUAUGAAGACAUUGACCCUUUUGAUGGGCUCGGACGAUCUGUACCGGCAUUCUCAUCUGAGAGAAAUAGCAGCAAGGAUAACAGUGCUCCAGGGUUGAACACAAGCACAAGUUGGACUGGAGAUAAAGAACCAGUUGAUAAGUUUUCUGGGAUGAGUCCUGAGAGGCACUCACAAAAGGACAUUCCCGUUGAAAGUGAUCAGGAUUUUCUGCAGCCCCCAUUUUACACGCCUACCUUUUCAUCUGAUUCUAAUAAACCAGUUGGCCAAAGGUCUACUUCGCCUCCAAAUAAUAAUAGUGGUUUUGGCCAAGCCAAUAUUCCGGCAGAUAUGUCUCCAAAAUAUGAAGAAAACUUGGAAUCAUGUGAGGAUGUAUGGCUGACUGUGUCAGAGAUUCCUCUUUUUACACAACCAACCACUGCUCCACCGCCUUCAAGACCCCCUCCUCCACGGCCAGUGAAUAUUCCCAGGUCAGGAACAGGUUCACCGGCUUCUACCAACACUAGAAAGAAGGCCAAUGAAUUUUCUUCUUUCCCGGGUUCCACUCGAUUCUCUCAUGACCCUAGGUCUGCUACAGCUGCAGCAUCGGCAUCUCCAACAUCUCAGUUUGAUGAACUUGAUGAUUUUGCUGCAGGCAGCAGUCACAGUAAUGAUGCUGAGAGUGGAAAUGGUCUUCCCGAUGAUGAGUUAGAGAUGAACACGGCUGCUGCGGCCAUGAAGGAAGCAAUGGAUAGGGCUGAGGCUAAAUUUAGGCAUGCAAAGGAAGUUAGGGAGAGAGAGCAUACAAAGGCUGCUAAAAGCAAAGAAUUUGGGCAAUCGGAAAAAGAUGACAGAGCUAUACCAGAGGAGAGAGAAAAACAAGAAAGGUUAGAACGUGACCGGCAGCAAAAAGAGAGAGAGGAAAAGGAGCAAAGAAGAUUAAUGAAAGAAAGGGAGGAGAGAGAAAAGGCUAGACAGGCCGUAGAAAGAGCCACACGAGAAGCUCGUGAACGAGCAGCUGCUGAAGCACGCCAGAGAGCUGAGAGGGCUGCUGUUGGGAAAGCUAAUGCUGAAGCCCGAGAGCGUGCUGAAAGAGCUGCAGUACAAAGGGCACAUGCUGAAGCCCGAGAAAGGGCAGCUGCAGAAGCAAAGGAAAGAGCUGAAAAGGCUGCUGCAGCGGCAAAGGAGAGGGAAGCACGGGAAAGAGCUACAGCUGCGAGGGCUGAAACUGAAGCACGGGUUAAAGCUGAACGUGCCGCAGAAAGGGCUGCUGCCGAGGCCAGAGAGAGGGCUGCAGCUUCUGCAAGGAUGAACCAACAGAAGAAUGGGGAUGAUCUUGAAUCCUUCUUUGGCGCGGGUUCAAGACCCAGCAGUGCUCCAAGGCCUUUUAGGGACUACUCCACAGAGGCAGAUGCAACAAGGAAAAGUGGAUCUUCAAAUAUGAAAAAAGCACCAUCAUCAAGUAAUAUUGUUGAUGAUCUUACCUCAAUCUUUGGAGCUGCUCCAUCAUCUGGAGAGUUUCAAGAAGUUGAAGGGGAAAGUGAAGAAAGGCGAAAAGCUAGGUUGGAACGCCACCAGAGGUCUCAGGAGCGUGUGGCAAAAGCAUUGGCUGAGAAGAAUCAGCGGGACUUGCAAACUCAAAGAGAGCAAGCUGAGAGAAGUAGGCUUGGUGAAACACUGGAUUUUGAAAUUAAGCGGUGGUCUGCAGGAAAAGAGGGAAACUUACGAGCUUUGCUCUCCACCUUGCAAUAUGUGCUGUGGCCUGAAUGUGGUUGGCAGCCAGUCGGUUUAACUGAUUUGAUUACAGCUGCUGCUGUUAAGAAGGCUUAUAGGAAAGCUACGUUGUGUAUUCAUCCAGAUAAAGUACAGCAGAAGGGUGCCACUCUUCAGCAAAAAUAUAUUGCAGAAAAGGUGUUUGACCUACUCAAGGAAGCGUGGAAUAAAUUCAAUUCUGAGGAGCUGUUUUAAUCUUUGAUGGAUUAAUAUAUACUUCAAGAUAAUUUGUUGGACAGUUCUAUUCAGAGGAGAGACCACAGCCCUGUUUCUGCUGCCUCCCCGAUUGCAUAAUUGUUUUGAUUGAAGUUAUGAUGCAUUGUUGGUAACAUAUUGCUUCCCUGUCUGGCUUUCUCGGUUGUCAUUGAUGUUCUUCUCGGGGUUGUUGUGUUUCUACAUGUUCUAUAAAUGUAGCAUGUUUUGUUGAUGUAAAAUGUUUUUUGUGCUAUCAAUUUUAUUAUUCAUUAUCCUUGUCUAGUGAGGGCUCACAAGCCGACAAGCGAUCCCUUUUCUUUUUCUUUUCUUAAUUUUGGUUCAAGAGAGGGUCCACCACGAUGUGGUCAUGGGAUGCCCUUCUUUUCGACCUGUGAUAUAUUAUUAUAGCGCGAUGUCUUGAAUAUAUACCAUCUUGUUGUGGAUUUACAUCAAAAACUGAGAAUUAUACAUGAAUAUUUAUUUUCAAGUUUCUGUAUUUUAUUCA